AUAAGUAUAAAACAGAUCCACGAAAAAGAGAAAAUCAAGAAAACCCAACUCAUUAAGCAAACUCGGAUCAACUUCUCUUCUCUCUCUCUCUCGCUAAGAAAAGAAGUAUAGAAGAUGGGAUUGUUCUCCCACAAGAUCUCGAGAGAUGAUCUGAAACCAGGCGAUCACAUCUAUUCAUGGCGUAACGUUUAUAUCUACUCUCAUCACGGAAUCUACGUAGGAGAUGAGAAAGUCAUUCAUUUCACUCGUGGAGGUGGUCUAGAAUUCGGAACAGGAACAGUUUUGGACAAGAUCAUCGAUAUUUCAAUACCAAAUCAUGGAAGAAGAGACAAUAAGUGUCUUGAUUGUGGAGAUCAAUCCAAUCUCGGUGGUGUAAUCUCUUCUUGUCUUGAUUGUUUUCUCGCCGGAGGAAAUCUUUAUCUCUUCGAAUACAGUGCCUCUCCGUCAAUCUUUCUAGCUAAAAGAGGUGGUACAUGCACGGUAGCAUCUUCAGAUCCUUGUGAUGAAGUCAUUUCUCGUGCAAAAUUUCUUCUUUUGCAAAAUGGGUUUGGUGAGUACGAUCUUUUAGACAACAAUUGUGAAGAUUUUGCCAUCUACUGCAGUACUGGUUUGUUUGUGUUAUCGGUUGCUACCAAGUUUGGAUGUAGUGGUCAAGCCAAUUCUCUGUCUGCAGCUGGUGGUGUUGUUGCUUUGACUCUUAAGGUUUUAGGUGUGAAAAAGAAGAGUAGUGGUCAUGAAGAUGAUUCUGUGGUUUCUGUUGUUAACCAGGUUAUUUCUUCGACAGUUAAAUAUGUAGUUCCUGGUAUCGGUGGUAUGGCUUUGGCUGAAUAUGGUAAUUACUGUAUUGGUCGUCUGUUUUACGACAUUGGUGUUAGAAAAGAUGCGUGUAAGGUUUCUGUUGAAGAGCUUGUUGCAUUUGUAGGAGCCAAGCAAAGCAUAUUGGAGAACAAGAAGUCUAGUUAGUUAGCACUUUGUUGUGCAUUAUGUAUGUUUGAUGAGUAAUUGUUGAGUAUGGAGAGAGUGAAUUUGCUUUUUCUGCUUUGUUUGUAUUGUGGAAACUUUAUUUUAACUAUUUGUAAAGUUGCAAAUACAGUCAAAAUAACAUUAUUGUUUCCAAGAAAA